AAACUUCUCACACAACACUUAUUGUGCGAUAAGCGCUGAUUCAGGCGACGGAAUUUUUUUUUAUUCGCUCUGUGUUUUUUUUCCUCCGCAAUUUUCCCAUUUCCACCUAAAUCCCCGAGUAUACAAAGUCUGUUAUUCAUGUUAUCUAAAAGUUAAAGUUCCCUUGUAGAGGCUCCCAAGUGUGGAAAUUAAGUUAGUCAUCCGUUUGAGUGUUUUGUUGUUGCCCCAAUUUGUGAGGAGAAGAAGAAAGUUAUGUGGAGCCCAACACAUAUCCAGGUGACAGUGCUUAAGGCGCGGGGUUUACUGAUAAAGGGGAAGAAUGGGACAAAUAAUUGCUUUGUGACCAUUGCACUUGGCAAGGAUAAAUACCAGACUUCCGUGAAGGAUAAAGCAGAGAAUAAUGUUGACUGGCAUGAGGAAUGUGAGCUGGCAAUCCCGGAUAAGGGAAAUCGUGCCGAGUUGAUCCUCACGUGUCUUCAUCGGAAUAAUUUUGGGAUUGAUGAAUUUCUGGGGCAAGUAACGCUGCCACUGAAUGAGAUGGGUGUGUAUGAGAGGCCACGUUCGAAAUGGCACAAAUUGGCAUCAAAGCCGGGCAAGGAGAAUAAAAAGGAUCGCGGAGAGUUGGAGGUACGAAUCUCAUUUACAGUCAAAGCGGGUUCUUUGACGGAUCUCAGCAAGAAGGAGAAGCACAAAUCCUCCCUGGGGCAGAUGGCAUCAAAUGUGGGGGGAAGCCUUCUCAGCUUGGGGACGCUGGAGAAGCGCAAGGGCCUGAAGAAUUUUGCCAAAUCCUUGGGAUCCAAAGUGCACUUGAGUGGGAAGAAGAAGAAGGACAAACAAGCAGAUUCAGACUCAAUGUCCGGAAGUUUUUCGAGCAUUGGCACCCCGGGGAGUGGGCAAUUUCAGCAGCGUCGUGGUCAAACGAUGGGUGAUGCUGAUCCCGGGGUGAUUAGUGAGGAUGAGGAUGAGUUUACAUUUGAGAAUUUGUCACACAAAAGCUCGGGAAGUUCGUUGAACAUAAAAACCUAUACGGGGGCAAAUGUGCAACGUACAGAUAGCUUAAAGACCAGCAGUCCCGUGAGUGCAAAGAGCCAGCCGCGUGUUGAGACACCACCAGGGGAGGUUUUCCUCAAUGUUCCACUCGAUGCCAAUACGAAAUCAAUGACACUUCCAGCUAAGCCCCCACGGGGUGUUGAGACGCCGCCCAAGAAGGAUGAGUGGGAGGAGAAGCUGUAUGGGAAAUACAAGGAGAGUGGUAGUACGGAUUCGCUGAAGAGACGCUCAUGGGAUCCCACAAAUCGUGUCCCGCUCACGCAGAUAAGCACAGAAGAGGCAAAGGAGCAAAAAGUGGAGGAAGUUGCCACAGCUCCGUCUUCGCCGGCCUUCAUGGAGAAGUCCACGAAGGCAAAGAGCGAACCGAAGCCCCGACCACUGCCCAGGAGCAACACGAUGGAGGCAAUUAAUGAGAAGAGUGCAGCAGAGAAUGGGACCACGAAGACAAAGGGAGAGAAUAAAUUCACAAAGAAACUCAAAUACUUCCGGCGGGAAUUCUCAAGUGGCCACCGUGGGGAUGAGGAUAAGCUGAAAGGGCAGCAAUUCAGCGAGAGGAUCAUCAUUGGGCAUGAGAAUGAAAUACUCCGCAAUAGAGAUGCAAUAAAUUCCAGUGAAGUCUCCAAGGAAGUCCUGCAGAAGUACGAUGGCAAAUCCAAAGAGGAAAUGAUGAAUUAUGCCCAUCACUUGGAGAAUGAGGUGAAACACCAGAAGCAACGGGUAAAGGAAUUGGAGGACUACCUGGAUAAUUUGCUGUUGCGCGUUAUGGAGACACAGCCGAAGAUUCUGCAGAAUCCCUACAUUAAAAUUGGUCCCACUAAGAGUGGGUGAAUAACUCAGCACGAUGUUUAUUUUUUAUUCCACUAUUACUAUUUUUUUUAAAUUUCUAAAGAAAGCAAUUGUAAACGCGUUAGAUUUUAAGUAUAAUGAAAAAAAAACGGCGGCUAAAGUAAAGUAAAAAAAAACCGUGGGUGCCUUAAAAAUGCUCCCUCAAAGAAUCACUAAAGAGCUAAUUUUUUAAUCCUAUAUUGGGAGAUGAAAACAAAACAUUUGAGAUAAUCGGAGAAAUUAUUUACUAUCUAUUAUAUAUAUUUUUAUACACAAAUCUUAUAUACAAAGAAAAUGAUCGCUCUGCGAAGUAAAAAAAAAAUAUGGAAAAGUCAAUAGAAGAAAUAGCCAGCAAGAUCAAUAUCUUGAAUCCGAGGGAUUUUUUCUGUUAUAUACUGUGUUUUCUAUAUAUAUUUAUCAACUACAUAAUUGAUGUUAAUUAAAACGUUUUUUCCUCUUUUUUUAUUAAGUCAGACAAACGCAGUUUCUAUUUAUUAACGUUAGACGAGAAGUAGAAGAAAUAAAAGAAAACGAAUGAGAUAACCACGGCGAUGGGUUGAUAAAUUAUUGAUAACUUUUUAAUCAAAGUGAUAAAUAAAAGAGUUCUUAAAUCAAGAAA